CCACUCAACCCACCCGGUGCUGGCUGCUUUCUUACCGGUAGUGCCUUGAAGAUGGCUGUCGGGGACAUUCGCGCUGUUCAGAUCUAUCGAAGACGUGUUCAGGUACUGCUGGACAGAGCGACGAAAGUGAAGCAGGGCUCCGAAAUAGAACCGUCGAUAACAGAGUCUGAUUUGGGAGAUGCAAUCAACGAAGUUGAUGACGGCGAAGAAGAGGCAUUAAAGAACCAGAGUUCCCAGCCGGCCUAUGCAGCAGUAGAGACAGCUUUCCGCGAGAAGUUUUAUCACUUACUGGCCACGACGUCUAUCAACAAGCCCGAGUUUGUUCACAUGUGGAAUCUACUUGAUGUUGUGUCUAUAUUCUCCGACAAUGAGCGAUGCGAACCCGGUCUUAUUUUCUGGCUCAUAGAGGAGCUACUCGAUAGUCAAACCAUCGACGGCUGCCGUAAAGUAUUCGACUAUUUAGAAUCCAGGCGGGAACGUAAUACGGCUAAACAUUUCAAGCAGAAGAGCUUAAUUAUUCUCCGUUCAUGCAAUGAAUUGCUGCGACGACUCUCACGAGCGGAAGAUACGGUAUUCUGCGGACGGGUGUUCAUUUUUCUCUUUCAAUCAUUUCCUUUGGGAGACAAGAGCUCGGUUAAUUUGCGAGGAGAAUAUCAUACAGAAAACGUUACAACAUUUGACGAACCGCCAAAACACAUCGCUGCCAAUGAAGACGCCGACGAUGUAGAGAUGAAAGAUGCAGAAGCGCAAAAGCCUUCAGACAACUCAUCAAAAACGGACGCAGCAGCUUCUUCUCAAGGAGGUUCUGUCUCCCCCGAAAUCGAUGGUCAGCGAUCAAAGCAAUCGACCGAUCACCAAGCUGAAGAUACAUCGAUUGAUAUGGACGCUUUAUAUCCGGUAUUCUGGGGAUUACAAGCGAACUUUUCGGCUCCUACACGGCUUUUUGAUCACGAGCAUUUUGCUUCUUUCAAAAAGGGGCUCGAAUCCACCAUUUCAAGUUUCCAAAAGGUUAGCAUUGACUUGGAAAAGCGCGGCAUGACAAAGGGCUCAGAAGAAACAUCACGGCGUGGGCUGAAGCGGAAGCGGGGUGAAACCGGGCCUGAAACCGCAAAUACAUUCAACCCAAAAUAUCUCACGAGCCGGGACUUGUUCGAAUUAGAGGUUAACGACGUCGCAUUUCGAAGACAUAUACUUGUCCAGUCGCUUAUUCUUCUCGAUUUCCUAAUUUCUCUCUCACCGAAGGCGAAAGCCAAACUUGCGGAUGCUACAAAUAAAUCAGUUCUCUAUGGCUAUGUGCUUAGCGACGAAGAUGCGAAAUGGGCAAAUCAAAUGAAGUCCUCCAUCGCGAGCUACCUGCAGCAAGGUCUCGAUGGGAAGUUCUAUUAUCGCAUGGUAGACACCGUCCUGACGAGAGAUAAAAACUGGGUCCGUUGGAAGGCCGAAGGAUGCCCACCUAUUGAGAAACCCCCAAUUCAAAUUCAAGACUAUCUAGAUACCCAGUCCUCUACUACCAAAUUAACUACAAAUAAACGGCUCCGGGCGACGCCACUCGGCUCCUUGGACCUUAAAUUCUUGUCGGAAGAAGCAAAUUUAGGCAAUCUUGAUCGCCUCAUGGAGCCUGACAGGUUUAGAAAUCCAGGGGCCGAGUCAUACAUGCGGGGUAUCACGGACGAUGAAUUCAAUCUCGACAUGGCUCAAAACAGUGACGAAAAAGAAGAAGCUGCAAAAGCAAAAGCAAGCAAGAUAUGGAGAGUCUUACGGCUGUCCUCGCGCAGCAAGUUGAAUCGGUUCGAUAAAAUCGAAGACGGCAGAAAUUUGAAGAUCCUUUUUGAAAAUCCGCCUCCUCCGGAGAAGGCGGUUGCGGAAGCGGAAGAUGGAGCUGAUGGUCAUAAAGACGACUCAGUAAAGAAUCCGCCAACCAAGGAGAAUGAUGCUGUUACGGAGUGAGAUCCCCUUUCUCUCCGUGACGUCGAUCAUUCAGCAAGUUGAGAGUGCUAAGCUCUGGAUGUGAGCCUCAGCCAUUUGCUAUAUGAUGCCAACCCUAAGCCAGGGCCGAGAUCUUAAUACGUUUCCUAGGAAAGGAGCACAAAAGUGUUGAAGAUUGCCCCGUUAAAACCGCUGAUAAAAAUACAGAUUUCGCCACGAUCGUUGACCGUCACCCCAAGUGUGCGGUCCGAUUUGAGCAUUUCUUUGGGAGAUCAUCCGUGAAAGUCCAGAGUACUCCUUUCUAGAGCUCUGAAAUUUCCGUUGAUGAUUAACGUGGGAUUUUUUUUACUAGUGUCUACUGGGGAAAUAACGACGUUUAUGCGUCGAUCAGAGGAUCUAGUGUACGAAAUUGGUGCUGGUACGGUGCAGCACCAUGAAAAAUCGGAUAAACCCCAGUUGCAUAUUCCCUUUUCUGUGAGAGACGAUAAUGAAGGAAGAAUUGGGCUAUGAUCUACCCAGUUAUCUGGCGAAUCACCUAUGGUCCGGUGGUAGUAGAUCCCACUCAUGUCUCGGAGCUCUGGUUUUUAUGCAAUGUUGUAUAGAUAGGCGAUACUCUCUAGUCGUUUUGCUUCCCGGCAAGGGUUAGGCAAUCCGAGAUAUGCAUCAGCUAAUUCCUG